AUGGAGAAAUGCUGGAUGCUCGUGGACUUCGCGCGGAAGGAUGGCUUGCCGACGGACCGAGUGGAGUAUCUGAAGGGACUGUUGAGGACCCACGAGAAGAAGAGCAUGACCUUUAGGAUGCUCACGGAGCGAACGGACAGCUGCCUCUACGACAGGGAAGACAUCCAAAAGGGCUUCGUCGAGAUCUUCGGAGAGAUGGAGCUGCCCGACCCUCGCAGCAGCGCCUACCGCAACGCUGCCGCCGUCGCCCUGCCCGGGGCCGACUACACGACGGGCGGGGGCUACGGCGUGAGCUCCCGCCCGAGCAGGUCCGUUGGUCACGGCGGCGGCGGCGGCAACGGCAACGGUAACGUUAUCGCGUCGUCCUACUACCUCCACCACUCGGGCUCCUACAGGAAUGGUGGCGGCGGCGGCGGCGGCGGGGCUGCUGCUACUGGCUACUUGCAUCACGCGGCGACGGCGGCGGCGUUACCUUCUGUCGGCGACGUAGCCAUGAGGGUGGGGUCGAACGGGCUAGGGAGGCGGGUGUUGCCGCCGCCGUCGGCGCUGGGUCUGAUGUCCGGCAUGCGGAGGCUUGGCGAGGGAACUUCCAUGGCGAGGUUGUCGAGCGGCGGCGUGGUGCCGACCGCGGCCCGAGGAGCAGCAGCGGCGGCGUCGAUGGCGUACCCGACGUCUGCUCCCGUCGCGGCAGGAGCUUCUCUUUGAGAACGAGCGGCGACGCGCGCCUUGCGCGGUGUUCGUCCAAAGCAUGGUGUCCACUCCUUUCCACCACGGAGUUGUCGCUGGUAGUCGAGAAGGCCUGGCCUGGACUGGCGGCGAAUGAUGGAGCAAUUUUGGAAUUUCCACGUGUACAAACGAGCCGGCUCCCUUUCCUCUCCUGCUGGUGCGAUUUUGGUGCCCGGUGAAAACGAGCGUGGAGGCUGACGGUGUCGCUAUUGGUGGGGGGUACUGACGCGUAGGGUGGAUCAACUGUGGGCCGGCAACGGCAGCGCGUGUCCAGGGAGGCCGGAGUGGACUGUCCGAAUACAUAGGGAGGCGUUGCGUCACCAGUUGCUCGAAGCCAUCCCCCGAGGGACCGAUGGAAAGCCAAUGCUUGGAUGGUAAAUCUGCCAGCAUCGAUCAGUGCGGAGCUGGAGCUGGGUUCUUGGCGCUUACCCAACCCCCUACGUGCCGUGGAAUUUCAGAGGGAUCUGCGGCUGUGGGAAUGAGUGAAGAUGAAAUGCAAGAUUCAUUCAACAACGGGACGUGUUGUGGUAAAUCGGGGCGGGCUCUGAGUACGGGGGAGUGAUGGUAACUCUCGCGUCGGCUCAAAACUUCGAAGAUACAGGGGGCUGUGGCAAAAAAAGAAACGACCUUCGGAAUUCCGGGCAGCAUUGCCGGGCGAUCGAUACGCAUGGUGUGUUUGGAAGUUUUCCGAAGCGGUGAGCAGAUAGAUGUUGGCAGACCACGUGCUGAGCGCACCCCGCAAAAGCCGUGAGAAGCCGUGAGGCUCUCUCUGCUCUUCGUUGUUCAGAGUCACAUCACACCCGUUUUUUAGGCGGAAACGAACAUAUCAUUUGGGCGUUGUUAGAAGGAGGGGUUUGCGAAAUGGGGGUGGAGGAGUCCGUACGGACGGCAGCCAUGCGGUUUUUUCGGCGUGCUCAAAAGACGAGAUGUGGAAGGGAGGUGCAGAGAGGGAUUCGGAUGGUAAACGUGUCGUAAAAAUUUUUGAGGGGCGCACAGUUUGAUUGAUCAAAGGGGGAGAAUGUUUGUUUCGGUGAGACGGGACGUUGAGGCACACGUUGUGUUGUGGGGCCGGGACUUAAGGCCACCCGGCGUCCGAUUUGUAAGGAAUGCGUGCGUGCGUGGAAUGCCGAGUUAAGCUCGCACGGAAUAGGAUUGGCAUAUAUGGGUAAGCACCGUUUGCAAGGCAGGCCUGCGUGCCACGUAACAAAACAGGAACUUGCACUGCACCCUAUUCCAUUGGAGUGCACUAGAAUGCAUUUUACU